AUGGAGGAGAAAGGCAGGGGUAUCGACAUGCACGAGCUCCCUUCUGAACGACAACUGGGGACGAUCAGUGGGUUGCAGUGCCACCAGCUCCGCCACUCCGCACAGGCUACAGUAGCAUGGCUGCACAUCGGCGAUGGAGACUGUCGAGGCAGAAAGGCAGAAGAGGCUGCGGGGCGGAUUUGGGUUUGCCAGCCACACAGCGGAAUGGUGGCGAGCGACGUCGGGUGGAUAGCCGUAGGCUCUCGCAUCCGCCGGGCUGCUGAGCUGGAUUUUGGGAGGCCGUCUUUUCCUCCGAGGCCGCUGUUUUGGGAGGCGGGGGCGGCGGCGGAAGGGCCGUCUCAACCGCGCGCGCUCGCCGUUUUUUCGCCGACCCCACGGUUGGCAGACUCCGACAGGGCCGAACAAAGCAAGCCACGGCGAGCUCCGAGCCCCUCGCUCUCGCUGCACCGCCAAUGUCAGCCAGAUUCGGCAAUGUUGGGCAGCUCGGCCCUCUCGCCCUCGCCCAUCCCUGCUGCUGUGCUCCAUCUGCAUGCACAAAUCAUGCUCGCUUCGGCGCACCGUUGUACUGUACUGUCCCGCACCGCGUUGUGGCCCAGCAUGCGCUUACAGUACUACCGCCCCGUGAUGCUCAUGUACCCCACUCAGGCAAACGCUGCAGGGUACCCUUGGCUGCAUCUGCACGAGCUACCCCGCACCGGCCACGAACGCGGGGUGCCUCGCUCCGUCGUCCAGCUUCAUCCUCGUCUCGACUGUUGCCACGCCACCACGCGCACGCCGGAGCAGGUGCACGCGGCACUUGUCGAGCCAUCUGGCUGCACAGCAGCAUCAAGCUCGACAUGGAGACCCUCAACCAACCUCUGCUGCCGUGCCGUUGUCGUGACCAGGUCGAGCUCUCCUCCCUUCCUCAUCCGCACCACCUCCUCACUCCACCCGUCGGCACCAAGCCAUCGGUCUACAACCAUGUCGCAGCCAGCUCAGACGCCAAGCUACAUCCCCGCCGACCAGCUCCAGCACGAUGUGAGCGACAAAGACGCCGGCAGCAACUCGAGCCACCACUUCCAGCGCGCCCACCGCAAGAAUGGCGAGCUCGAGCUCGGUGUCACCGAGAUUCUCGAGGGCCGCACCGACGUCCAGCGCCAGGUUGCGCAUUCGUCCGGUCUCGCCGACUGGUCGGGUCGAGUCAAGCUUGAGCAGGCCAUGCCCAAGCUCAUCCCCGCUCUCAUCGCCGAGUUCUUUGGCGUGCUCUUCUACUCGCUCGCCGGCGAAAUGGCCACGGCCGGUUUCCUCAUCACGACUUACGCAGGCACACCCAUGGGUAACCUCACCAUGAUCGGUUUCGCCUAUGCGUUUGGUAUCACAUUUGCUAUCGUUGUCUGCGCCACCACGUCCGGUGGUCAGUUCCACCCCGGUUUCACCGUCGCCCAGGUCGUCUUCAAGGGUUUCCCCAUCAAGCUCGCUCCGCUGUACAUUGCCGCCCAGAUCCUCGGCGGUAUGGCCGCUUCGCUCAUCGUCAUGGGCUCGUGGCACGACGAGCUCAUGAAGAUUACCCACCUCCUCGAGGCUACUGGCAAGGCGGCUACCAUCUUCACUGCCGAGGGUCCCGCAGGUGCCAUCGCGCUCUUCCCCACCCCGGGCAGGUCGAUGGGCUCCAUCUUUGUCAACGAGUUCUUCGCCGACGUGCUCGUCGCCAUGCUUGUUUGGGCCAACCUUGACGCCUCGAACCCCUUCACUGGCCCUCAGGUCGCCCCGUACACCAUCGGUCUUGGUUUUGCCAUGGUGGUUUGGUGCUUCUCGUCGUCCAACAUUGCUGCGAACUCGGCGCGUGACCUGGGUGCGCGCUUUGUGUGCGGCAUGUUCUGGGGUGACCAGUGCUUCCCUGCUGGCUACUCGGCGCUCGCUGCUCUCACCAACAUCCCCGCCACGCUUGUCGGUUGCGGCAUCUACACCUUCUUCCUCUCGGACACCCGCCGCCCCCCCGCGACGGUGGCUCUCAACCACAUGCACGAGGAGCACGUGCGCUCCAUCGAGCGCGCCGAGACCCUGCACGCCGAGAUGCUCGACCAGAAGAUCGCCCAGACCAUCAGCCGCGGCGGCGACGCCACCGCGCUCCAGAAGAAGCGCACCAACCUCAGCGUCAAGAACUUCUGA